AUGCCUGCUACCAUUACGUUGUCCGACGGUGAUUCGAUCACUUACAAGGAUGCAGAAAACCGAGAUGACAACAUCGUCCUUCACGCCGCCUCCUCAGUUGCCUUGCAAGAUUUUAUGUGGAGGCAGAAACAUGUAAUUGAAGCUCUCGCCCGACACCACCUGAAGCUCGGCGAUCGAGAUAGCUGCGUUGCCGCCGGUCCGCAGCAAUGGAUUCGAGGCGCCAUCAAUGUGUGCGUGCCCGUCGAGGUCAAGUCUGCCAACCAAGCCGCCAAACUCUUCAUUUUCCGCUGCCCCAUGCCACAUGAGCUGGCCGAGGCCCGGGACCCUGGCACUUUCGACGAGAAGACGGCUUGUGAGGUGGGAACCCACGUGUGGAUGCAAGAGCAAUGCCCGUUGGUUCGCAUCCCCCGCCUGUAUGGCUUUGGCUUCUCUGACGGCCGCUGCCGACCCUUCUACGUUCGGGUCGCACGUAUUCUCCAACGCUCCCUCCACCGAUGUCUUCGAUACACCACUGUCCUGCCGCGCUACGUUUCAAAUCCGUCGGGCCAUCGGCUCCCAACAGCUUAUAUGCUGCUCGAGUAUAAACCAUUCUCACUCGAACUUACCGACGUAAACCGAUCCAAUAUCUUCGUGGACCGUCGUUGGAAUGUUACGUGUCUAAUCGAUCUGGAAUGGAUCUGCGCUCUGCCUGUGGAGGCACUUGCGGUCCCAUAUUGGCUUACAGGACAUGCCGUUAACAAGAUCAGUGAACCAGAGUUCGAUAGCGUUCAGCGGAGUUUCAUACAAGCAGUGGAGGAAGAGGAGCGCAAGAGGACUCCGGUGGGUGGCGGCUUACCCCUAGCGAGCGCGAUGGAGGAGAACUGGCAUUCGGGAGCGAGCUGGCUAUGGACGGCAGUACAUUCUAGUGCCAUGUACUCACUAGUCUGGAAGCAUAUCUAUCCUCGAUUCCCCGUUGUGGUCGACAGAGUCCAAGCGGAAGCGAUAUUGUCCGGGUUCUGGCGUGAAGAUUCUGCCCAGGUUGUCCAAAAGAAGGCCAAUGAGUUCAAGGAGUACAAGUAUCGGGUGGCGUCCUUGUUCACUUCGAAUCCUGGUUCCGCCCCUCCCGCAUCUUCCUCUCCUGCUCCUGGACCGCGCGCUUCAUCUCUGCAAGCUCCCUCUUCUCACAUGAAGCUUGGAAAGCCUUGA